CGAUGUUUAACGAAGCCUGCAAGUUCCGUGUGUGUUAAGUGUUCGUUGGUGUUCAGUUGGUGCGCCUCGACUGGGCAAAAUCGCGUAAAAUGGAAACAGAAUUUCGUUGUGAGGUUGAGGUUGGCCGUUGAAAAAAGUGAACAUGGGAAGGUCCAAGUUUCCCGGGAAGCCGCCGAAGACGGUCACCAGGAAACGGAUCAAGGUCCUCGGCCAGCCCGAGACAGUCCAAACCGAUUCGGUAACCGUCGCCGAGAACAUCUACUACGGACUUUCCCUGUUCAACGAAACAUUUGGUGACAACGAGAAGGAACAUCCACCAUUCCAUGGUUUUAGCACUAAAGAGGCUAAUCUUUCCGUGUCUUACAUCAAAACGCAACAACAUGACACAGAAAAGGCAACUGUUAAAUCAUCACCUGAUGCUAUUGAAAAUUCUGUAUCAAAAUCAAAUGAACAAGCCACGAUCACAGAUAUUAAAAAUUUUCCUUCGAAUACUGAAACUAAUGUAGAACUAUUAUGCGAUAAAAUCGAGGAACCAGUAGAGGACAUUAAGAAAGAUGUGACUGUACUUAAUUCUAAAUGUGCUUCUAAAUUUCACAGACCUAAAAAUCGCAGAAGUUGCAAAAAUAUUAAGUUCUCCAAUUUCAUGAAAACACCAGUAUUGAAAUCAGUGAACAAUAUCUUGGAUCAGCACCAGCGAACAAGACAGUUGCGUAACAGUACUGCAAAAAGGUUACUACAGAGGGCAAAAUCUAACAGUAAUAAUGUACGCAAUAUCACAGCGCAAUGUGGGGAUAAACCAAACACGGUAAGAAAAUUUAUUUUACCAGUUCGAAGUGCCCAUUCGUCGAGAGUUAUUAAGCCAAAUAAAAGGUUUAUCGAAGAAUUGGAAGAGAUUUCUGGUGUAGAACCUAGUGAAAAUGAAGUUGGUAUGCACAUGAAGAAAGCUAAAUUUACGUUAAACAAGAUUUGUAAUCAAGAAUCAAAAUUAAAGGAUGGAAAUCUUAAUAAAUUAUGUACAAAAUUGAAAGAUAAGGAUGUAAAAAAUAAGAGUAAGAAAGUAAGUUCCAAUGCCCAAACUGUAGUAUCAUGUGCAAAAACUUGUGAAAAAUUAACAACUUCUGUACAAGACGCACAAAUAUCAAAAGCUAAUAAUACAGAUAUAAAGAAGACUAAUGUAUCGAAUAAACACAAAGUGAUAAAAGCUACAUCAAGCGAGUCUAAUAGUACUCAUGAUUCUUCACAAAAUACAAUUAGAAAAACCCAAAAUUUCAAAUUAAAUGUAUCUAAAAGUCAAAAAUCAGUUUCUGUUCCUAUGAAAGUUCUUCCUGAUUCCAAUGUUCCAAGUUCAGAGUCUUCCAGGAUUCAAACAAGGUCAGGAACUCAAAGUGAAGUCGCUGGUCUAGAAGUUCAAGCAAAAUUCGAGGAUACUGCAAAAAUUAAGGAAACCAGUGGGAAAGGUCAAGAUAAUUCUAAUAAUAGGGCUAAAAUUACAGAGGGAAAUUCAGAUAAUUUUGACACAGAAAGUACAUUGUCUGAAAGUGGAAGUGAACACAGUAAUCAUACCGAAGAUGAACAGUCAGAAUGGACUGGAAUGAAAUUGAAUGGUGGAAAAGUGAUUUUGAGAAAAGCAAGAUUAAAAUUAGAUAACAAGUGUGUUGGUGGAACUGAAGGACCCUUCUCGACAACAAAUAAUAAUAAUAAUAAUGUUGCUAGUGGAAAUACUAAUUUGGGAUUAACAGGUACUAUUAAGUGUGGUGUAUGUGGGGCUGUACGGUUUUAUCGAUUUGUAAAACAAGCCAGAAAAUUUGGCAUUCACAGUUGUGAAUCUUGUCGAAAAUUUAUUAGCAAAAUGAUUAAGCGACAGGCUUGUGCAAAAUCUACAAACAGUACUCUUCCAAUUCUACAAUGCCAUAAGGGAGAUGGUUUAUGCUUAGUUCCACCUGUUGUAAGAAGUCAGCAAUGGAAUCUCAUGAGAUGUGUUUACAAAGCUAGAUGUCCAGCAUGUUGGUUAAAAAUGUGUUUGAAGUGUUACAACAUUCCUUCCUCAUUAAGAAUGAGUUUAAAUGCAUUACUACCACCGAUGAUGAGAGAUCCUUUGAGUAUUCCUUUAUCAUUGAGUCAACAAGAUAACGAUAGUCAAGGACAAAAAUUGAUAUCUUCUAAAUUAGGUUGGCCUGCAGAAGACAGCUCAGAAAAGAACUUAUUCAAAUCAGCUAUGAAUUGGAGAAAUAUAGAAAUGGGUCAGAAAACCAGCUGUCAAGGUACUGGUGGUUUUCUAUACACAAAAUUAGACAAAUUCGACUCAUCACUAAAUAUAUCACCUAGUAAAAAGAGAAGAAAAAACAAUAGGAUAAAAGUAAGGAAGAAAAUUAAAAAUCCAAUGUUCUCCUCACCACCUAUAAGUCAAUGUCCACAACCCCUUAGACAGAGACUUGAAUUAAAAGGGCCAAGAGUAAAACAUGUUUGUCGAAGCGCUAGUGUUGCACUUGGUCAACCAAUAGCUACUUUUCCUUCUAUAGAAGGGAAAGAAGAUACUGAGAGCAAUAAGCACAUUCCGAAAACGCAGAAGGAAAGUGAUAGGUCAGAGAAGAAAGAUUGUGCUAAAGAGAAAGAACCGGCAAAACAUAAUGAUGAAAAUAUUACAAGUCAGAGUACUGUCAACGCAACUCAACAAUCCAACCUGAAAAGAGGAAAAUCUCAGCAAAGCAUUUUAACAUCUAAUUUACAAGCGGUAUCUAAACCAAAUAAUGAUACAGUGCAUACAGUAUCUAUAGAUUUCUGGGAACAGUAUGAUCCCUCAGAAGUUGGUGCAAAAGGUUUUGCCCUUAUUGGUUCAGAACUCUUCCAUAUUCCUGCUAUCUGUUACCUUUGUGGAAGUGCUGGAAAAGAGCCACUCAUCCAUUGUCAAUGCUGUUGUGAGCCAUAUCAUGCCUUUUGUUUGGAACCCAGUGAAUGGAAUGCUUGUGCCCAACCAAACUGGUGCUGUCCUCGGUGUACAAUAUGCCAAUCCUGCCAUCUAAGAUCUGGUCCAAAAUUGUCUUGCAUUCGUUGUCGUCAAUCAUUUCAUCAUUCGUGUUUGUCGAAAUCUGGUGUUAGUGCAAGACUUUAUAAUCCUGAAAGACCGUUUGUUUGUCAAAGUUGUGUCAAGUGUAAAAGUUGUGGUAGUGAAGGAGUUAAUGUUCAUGUGGGCAAUUUACCAUUAUGCUCCAUGUGUUUUAAAUUGCGUCAACAAGGAAACUAUUGCCCUCUGUGUCAAAGGUGUUACAACGAAAAUGAUUUUGAUACAAAGAUGAUGGAAUGUAGCGAAUGCUCUUAUUGGGUGCAUGCCCGUUGCGAAGGACUUUCAGAUGAGCGGUAUCAAAUUCUUAGUUAUUUACCUGAUUCUAUUGAAUUCACAUGCAGCCAAUGUUCCUCUAAUCCUGAUUCAGUUUGGAGAAAUGCUAUAGAGGCUGAACUUAAAGCCGGUUUUAUAGGAGUUAUAAAAUCAUUAAGUAAAAAUCGAAAAGCUUGUGCUGCUUUAAAAUGGAGCCCAAGAAAGGAGUGUUUGUGCAGACCUAUUCCAAAUACAAGGAAAUUAGAGUUUUCAAAUGAAAAGACAGAUUCGAGUACGACCGGUAACAAAGAAAUUCUCAACUCUGAAGAAUCCGAAGAAUCUAACAAUGAAAAGGUUAAAGAUGCAGAAUCUGGUUCUAAUAAUAACUCAAAAUCUGAUACGACAAAUAAAACAAACGAUGAUCAACCGGCUGAUUGUUCUAACAGAAGAGGUUUAAGACGACUUCGUCAGAAGUUUCAUCUUAAAGAAUGUUCUGUUAGAGUUAAAAACUGUGCUCUAAAGGAUAAUCAAGACAGUGAUAAAAAGGAUUCAGUAGCUCAAGAAAAUACAAAUAGUAAUUCAAAUGACACAGAAUGUCACUGUUUGGACCAGCAAAUCUUAGUUAAACCUUCACCUACACUAAUGUCAGUGAAACGUAAAGUUAAUAACAAUGAAUACAAAACGUUAUUACAGUUUCAUAUUGAUAUGGGACAUGUAAUUAACGGUACUGGAACUAAAGAAUUGAUUGACGCUUAUCAUGAAAUUUUACGAGAGGUAUUUCCAUGGUUUAGUCCGAAAAGUAUUAAAAACUGUAACGGAAAAGUUAACAACAUGUUAACUCCUUUUAAAGAUGAUAAACAAGAUGACAGCUGUCAUACGAAACUCGACGAUUCUAUAUUAGAAAUAUGGAAGGAUGAAGUAAUGAAAGCACCAAAAGCAAUCGCGGCUAAAACAGCAAACUUGUAUAACGUUAAUGUCGAAGAUAGUAGAUCAUGUUGUUUGUGUAAAGGUUUAGGUGAUGGCCAGGAGACAAAGGAAGGACGAUUGUUGUAUUGUGGACAAAAUGAGUGGGUACAUUCGAAUUGUGCACUUUGGUCAAAUGAAGUAUUUGAAGAAAUUGAUGGUUCUUUACAAAAUGUUCAUAGUGCUAUCUCAAGAGGUCGUUUAAUACGUUGCACUGAAUGUGGAAAAAAAGGAGCAAGUGUCGGUUGUUGUGCGAAAAAUUGUAGUAAUACUUAUCAUUAUCCUUGUGCAAGAAACAUUGGGCUUGCUUUAAAUUAUGAUAAAACAGUAUUUUGUUCUUUGCAUUUGAACAACUGCUCACAUAAAACAUUACAAAAUGAGAAUGAUUUUAGCUUAAGAAGACCAGUAUAUGUAGAACUGGAUCGUAAGAAGAAAAAAUAUGCAGAGCCAAGUAAAGUAAAAGUUAUGAUAGGUUCUCUAAUGAUCGAUUACUUAGGUACAGUUAUACCAGAGUAUUCUGAUACAAUUGAAAAAAUUAUACCUUGUGAUUACAAAUGUUCUCGAUUAUACUGGUCUACAAUAAAUCCAUUUAAAAUUGUUAGAUAUUACAUCAGAACGUAUGUACAAGUAUAUGUACCAGACAUUUCACCUGAUUUAGAGAAUAACAUAACAAUUGAUCACUCUAAGGAACAAGAAAGAGAGAAUCUGUUAAAUAUGCAGAGAAAUGAACUUUUAGCCGUGAAACAAACACUAGAUAGUCUGAUCGAUACAGUCUGUAACAAGGAAGUUGAUGAAAAUCUGGCAGAACAAAAUAAUACAGAUCUUCUACCUCCAGAAUUAAAAGAAGCCAUAUUUGAAGAUUUGCCGCAUGAUUUGUUAGAUGGUAUUUCCAUGCAAGAUAUAAUGUCAUAUGAAGAUUUUUUUGCAAUGGAUUUAAAGAAUGAUGGUACAUUUGGGACUGAUUUAUUUAAAGAUGAUAUGCUAACGCCUGAAGUAGAAGAAAUCAUAAAACCACCAGAAAAUAAGAUUUCAAAAAUAGAUCCUUCCUUGUUGGAGUUAGGAGCCCAUAACGAUCUUUGGGUACAUCUGGAAACGAAAACGUCAGUUCAAGAUUUAGUGGAUGAUUUAUUAAAUUCUAAAAAUCAAAAACGUGGAGGUAGAGAAUUGAAAAGAUCUAAGUCGGAAGUAAUGUCAAACAGCCCGUUGGUUGUUGGGGGACAAAGACAUCAUCAACGAUCCUGUAGUUUAACUUGGAGUUGUAAGUUAGACAGUACAUACGGUCCCAGUAUAAAACGGAGAAAAUUAUCAAGAAACUCAAGUAUGACAAAAUCUAAUGAGACAAGCGUAAUGGUAUUGGAUUCGCAAAAUGAACGUCCACCUACCUUGCAUGAAUUAAGAAUUCCAGAUGGUAUUAUGGUCACUGUAGGCAGAGCAAAUACACCUAAUAUCUUAUCUGAUUCUGUAAGAGAAUUGAAAUAUUGUAUUGAAGAUGCAAGUGGCAUUAAUCGCCGUGUACUCUCUACAAGUCGAGAAGAAGGGAAAGAGCAUAAACGAUUAUUCUGGCAUACAAGACAACAGCCGCGAAUAUUACAAGUUGAUGGGACUGCAGAUCCGAGUAGUGCUAGUGAAUGCAGUUCACCAGAACAUAAUAUUGAAGAAAAAACUGCAAGAGUACGUGUGCCAGAAUCAUUGUCCAUCCCACAAUUAGAUGGCAUCAACGACGAAUCGUCUUGUGACAGUAAUGAAUUUAGUUCAUCCGCUGAGAAAGAUUCUAACUCCUAUACAAAAACGUCCAAUAAUGUUUUACGAUCAAAACGAAUAUAUGGCUUUAUUAGAUCACACUUAGCCAAGAAUAAUGAGAAACUGCAAAAAAAUAAAAUUAAUUUGUUUAAAGAAAAUAAUUUGAAGUUAAAUUUAGAAAUUCCACAAUUAGAUGGUGCCGAUGAUAUUUCCAGCGAUGAUGAAUGCAUAUCACCGCAAUCUGUCGAAUGUGAGAAAACCAAUGUUACCUCUCAGUGUGAUGCACCGCUUGAUCACAUAGAUCAGCCUGUUACUUGCAAACGAUGCCGUUGUACCUACAGAACGCAAGAUAGUUACAAUAGACACUUGACACACUGUGAUAUCAUGAUUACAAGUGACAGUGAUUCGGAAACUAUGGAUAACAAAUUGGCAUCACCUGAUUCUAGAUUUUCUCCAAGCGUUGGUUCUGUGUCUCCACAAUUUAUAACACUAUCACCUUCGGAAGGACACACUCUUUCUUCCGACUAUCCAGACAUACAAGCUACUUCUCCUUUAGAAGCUUCCGUACCAUCUCCUCAUCCAGCAAUUCAAAUUGAACCAAUUGCACAAGCAAUUAUUACACCACAAAUUCAUACACAUGCUACUGUGGAAACUGUGCAUCAAACAGUAUUAACAUCUAAUGAUAUGAUUGUACAAACUCAGUACACUAGAACAACGACCACAUUACCAAAUGCUACAGUAUUACCUCAGGAGAGUACUGUUCAAAUAACAGAAAUUACAGAUCCACCAUCUGUUACAAGUGAUUCUAGUAUUACACAGAAUAUUAUUAACACACCAGUGAAUUCUCCUGAUGGCGCAAGUUCCCAAACCGUUCCAAGCCCACAAGUAUCGCCGACAUUUUCUUCAACCGGUGUACAAACUGCAAGUAAUGAAUCACAAGCGAAUGUACAAGCAACAAAAUUAGUAAAGUCAAAAAGUCCAAGAGCACCAAAGUCUCGAGCAAAAGGAGUUAAAACACAAAUUGUAAAAAAUACUGUACAGUCUCAUAACGGACAUCCUCGAUUUCAACCGAUGCAAAAUAAUGCUCCAGUUAUACAACUGCAACAAGCUCAAAGAGCAAGUGGGCCAACUGUAAUAUUACAGCAAGUAGCGUCGCCUGGUAUUAUGUCUGCGUAUGUGGAAACAUUACAACAACAAUCUGGACAAAAUUUUCAGUAUGUAACAACAAUUGGUGGACAACAUGAAGCAGCCUUUAAGCCACAGUUUAUAACAACUAAUCAUUUAGUUCCUGGUGCAUACAUACAAGCACCAUCUGAUAAUUUAUUAGCAUUACAGAAUGGAGGUAUAUCAAUAUUACCAGGUGUACAAAUUGCCCAAACGCAACCGACGGUUUUAGGAAUUAUACAGCAACAACCUAGUGCAAUUCAGUGUGGAGUUAUAUCAUCUGAGCAACUAUUACUAAGUUCAACCCCAACUUUGGAAAUGUUCACAGACUCGACAGGCAGUAUGUUUCUUUCAAAUCAACCAAUGUAUUAUGGUUUAGAAACUAUUGUGAGCAACACAGUGAUGUCUUCCAGUCAGUUCAUGACUGGCACAGUACCACAAGUGUUAGCAAGCAGUUACCAAACAACAACACAAGUUUUUCAAGCUUCUAAGCUUAUGGAACCUAUUGUGGAUGUUCAGACCGUUCCAGGUGUUCCGACUGUAACAGCUGUGCAGGCGGUGCAAAAUGUACCCGGAGUACCUGCGGUGCCCGGCGUACCUAAUGUUGCUAAUGUACCCAGUGUACCCAAUGUUUCCAAUGUACCCAAUAUAGCUAACAUACCGAAUGUAUCCAGUGUACCAAAUGUUCCCAAUGUACCCACAAUACCAACUAUACCAACAGUUCCAUCUGUAUCCAAUGUAUCUAAUAUAGCAAACAUAACAAAUAUACCCACUAUAUCCAAUAUACCAACAAUACCCAAAGUACCCACUAUACCUAACGCAUCUAACGUAUCUACUAUACGCAACGUACCUAGUGUAUCUAGUGUACCUAGUGCAUCUACCGCACCUAGUACUCCUAACAUACCUAGUGUACUUGGUGUACCCAAUGUACCUACUGCACCCAGCAUACCUGGUAUACCUACAGUACCUAGUGUAUCUAACAUGUCCAAUAUACCUAGCACCCCUGCUUUACCUAGUACAUCUAGUGUACCUAAUAUACCCACAGUACCUACCAUUCAAAAUGUAUCGAAUAUUUCCACACUGCAAUCCAAUCUACAAUCUGUAGGAAAUGUUCCAAACAUACCUGCAGUACCCACUGGAUAUGUGGUAGUAAAUCAGUCAACGCCUGUAGCAGAACCCAUUGUAUCGCCACAAAUUAAUAUAUCUGCAACAUCCGAACAACACUUUGCAUCAGCCACAUGCAGUACCAUAUUGCCUGUAUCGUGCCAGAGUGCAGAUCCAAUGACAUCAAUGCAACCACUGGAUACAUGUCCAUCUGAACCUCCAAUUGUAACGAACGUGACAUCAUCGCCAAAGCUGUUGCAAAACUCGAUACCAACAAUACCAAGAGUAGCUGUACGCCCAAGUCCAGUUUCUAACUCGACACAGCUAAAUAAUGGACCAUGGAAAAUUACCGAACCACUAUUUGGUUCAGAACAGAUGAUGAACAACUGUGUCCGACCGUAUUUUGACUCAAAACAUGUAUCAGAGAAUACCAGUAUGAUAAAGUCUAGCAUAUCAUCUAAAAUACUCCCCUUACCUAAUCACUGUAUAACUCAAAGGGAUAUAAUUGUAAAUAAGUUAAAUCAUGAUGUAAAUAAUGUGCAUAAUAAUUAUAUUAGUGCUGUACCGAAUUCUAACAAUAUUAAUAUAAGUACAAGUAAUAAUCCAGUUAUCACUAGUUCGACUGUACAAAAUAAAAUUACGAUGUCUACAAGCAACGUACCGACGAGUCGACCGAUGAAUAGAGUAUUACCUAUGCAAGCCGUAACUCCGAAACAAGAUACGAUGAAAGUAACACCAAAAACCGAAAUCAUAGAGGAGCCGACAAAACCAGUGAUUAAACCAGCAGAACCGGAACCAAAACAGGAACUGACGGAAUCGAAAAAGCAAAUCACCGAAGACAUAUUACCAACAGAGAAAAACACCGAAACGACUAUAAACGAUAUAAAUGAAGCUCUGAAGCUGAAUACUGAAACCAUUGAGAAAGUAAAGGAAAAUAUCAAGUUAGAACUGGAUAAAGAGAAAUUACAAAAUGCCUCGUUAAAGAUAGUAUUACAGAAACAGCUACAAGAUGGUUCUUAUAAAAUUACACACAACAUGAAGACAGUUGCACAGAAUAAAAAAUCUCCGCAAGUAACAUCUGUAGAAAUAUUACCAUCAAAGCAAGUACCUCCUCAGAUAGCCUCCUUGCAAUUGCUACCAAUAAAAACGUUCACAUUGAAGGCAAACAAAAUUGAUGAGAAAGUGAAACCAAUAGAUAACAAGUUUAAUCUAUUGAAAACGAAAACUCCACCGGUUGCUGUCAAAAAGCCAAGAAUUAUAAGCAAAUCGAUUAAAUCUGUUCCACCAAAUUUGCAAAACACACAAACGCAAAAGUCUACCGUGAAAGGCCCUACACUAAUGUAUGAAAUAAAAUCGCAAGAUGGAUUUUCUCAUACAGCUUCUUCAAUGGCUGAAGUAUGGGAGACCGUAUUUCAAGCUGUUCAGAAUGCUAGGAAGGCUCAUAAUUUACCACCGUUGCCUCACAAUCCUCUUGUUGAAAAUUUGGGACUGGAAAACAAUGCCACGGUAUAUCUGGUGGAACAACUGUCAGACGUAAACAGAUGUACUAAAUACAAACCCAAGUUUCAUAAUCUAACACCACCUAAAACAGGGGACAUGGAAAGUGAUUUACCAAAGGCAUGUGACAAUGGUGCUGCCCGCGCAGAACCGUUCAAUGGACGGAAAGUUCAUGAUAUGUUUAGUUGGUUAGCGUCCAGACACAGGCAGCAACCGAAAAUGAUUGCUAUUUCAGAAGCCGAGUCCAGACGAGUGGCAAGUACAAACUUGCCAAUGGCAAUGCGGUUUAGAAUACUUAAAGAAACGUCAAAGGAAUCGGUUGGAGUUUACCAUUCUCAUAUACAUGGGAGAGGUUUGUUUUGCUUGAGAGAUAUUGAAGCCGGGGAGAUGGUUAUUGAAUAUGCCGGCGAGGUGAUUCGAGCCUCUUUGACCGACAAACGAGAAAAAUAUUAUGACAGUAAAAAUAUUGGGUGUUAUAUGUUUAAAAUCGACGAUCAUUUGGUUGUCGAUGCUACAAUGAAAGGAAAUGCAGCAAGAUUUAUAAAUCACUCGUGCGAGCCGAAUUGUUACUCGCGAGUGGUGGACAUCUUAGGUAAGAAGCACAUUUUAAUUUUCGCUCUCCGUCGCAUUAUCCAAGGAGAAGAGUUAACGUACGACUACAAAUUUCCCUUCGAGGAUAUCAAGAUUCCAUGUACCUGCGGUUCCCGCAGAUGUCGUAAAUACCUCAAUUGAGACUGCAUAUACAGCUACCGUAAGCAGCCGAUAACCGCAGCAAACCACAUGUGCUAUAAUUACUCGCGCUUCGGAAUAGGAUUCAUUUUAUUAAACGUUAUUCAUUUAAUCAUCAAACUAUUUUCAGAGAUUGCAGCUUUUUAUUACUAUAAAGGAAAUAGAUAUACAUUUAAUGUGAACGAGAAAAAGAAAACAAAAUGUUAGAGAGGCCAGAUAUAAUACACGAGACAUCGCGUUAUGACAAUGUUACUUUAAACGGCUACAAUUCGUAGUUGAUUUAAGGGGGUUUACUUAUAGCAAUAAAUGAUUGAUCAUGCCCUGCUUUCGUAUCCAACGGGUCACGGCGCCGCAUCGCACCGAGACUCAUGAAAGUGUUACUUUUAUCCACGCCUGUGCUUUCACGCACGUCUUCUAAACUCUACAUAUUAUCUACUAUUGAGGCUUAAAUGUACAAGUUAUCGUCACUUUACAUUAAACCGAAAUGCAUUCCAACAUAUGAUCGCAUAUGUAGGAACUAUUUUAUGUUUGCUCAGAAGCAAAAUGUUUUACGUUAUUUCUUACAAACCGCUGGUUUCUUUUAACCAACUACUAUUUCAUGGUAGCAAAGGUUGAGUCUAAAAUCGGUACCCCAUCCAUUCUUUCCAAAAUUCGCUUCAUUUGCGAGCUGUAUGUUCUUAUUCUAUUUAAAUUCGCUUAGAAUGUUUUAUUAAUUCUCGCAAACGUUUCCUUCCCGCGCGCACAGAAGUUAGAACUUUGUCAAUUUUACCUACGAUUGGACCAAAAGAUGAAGAAUGAUGAAAUUAAAAGAAUAAUUAUAUAGCAGAAAGUCGACGUACAUGGGAAAGCCACUAACGUUUUCUAUGACCGUUUCUUAUUUCUACACGGAAACGUCGUAACAGUACACUUUCAAUAUGUGUUAAUUGUAAAAAGAAAACGGUCAUCGUAAACGAAUCGCGAAAUCGCGGGUUGGACUUUAGCGUAAAGUGACGAUAGGUUUCAUGACAUUUCAUGUCCGCUGUAGGGCCAGAUUUCAAAUGUUCUUGUAAAAUAUGUAAUUGUUAGAUUAGACAUUGUCUUGAUGUAAGUAUAGAUACCAGUUUAAGUUAAAGAAAAUAUAGUCGUUAAGGAAAAAUGCGCGCGCGCGUGAGAGGGGGGGGGUAGAAUGGCAAGAUGAGACAGUCUCCUGGUGUAGGAUACUGUUGGAAGGUGUACCUACUUUGGCAGACAUUGAUGAUAUUUUUUAAGUCUUAUUGUAUUUAAAGCAAAUAUGAAAACAGAAAACACGAACGGGAAACGAAAACUUGCUUCCUGACAAAAUUAAAAGUCUGUUCGUUCCUUUCCAUUCAUUAGUUUUGGGACGUAGCGCUGUAAUAAAUUUUAGAAUAGGCCGACUGCCGUAAUAUCCCGAUGCAACACAACGUCAUACGUGUAGUCCGGAGGCAUUAUCUCAUCCGCGUUCAGCAAAAGAAAAUUCUCAUCCCGCGGUACUCCAGGGUUGCUAUUAUGCUUGAGAAACGCCUGACGAUGGUACACGCGGAGAAGCAAUCGCCUCAACGGUCUUUCUGAAAUUUGAACGCAAUAGAUUUGCUCUGAGGACGAUAUAAUCCAUUUCAUUACACCUCGUUAGUUUCAUGAUAGCAGGCAGAUGCACGACACCAUCAAGUUGCAAUAUUCCAAUUGCACUUAUGAUGCGCUUUACAGGCUCGGGCAUUAUUGUAAUAGAGCGGCGCACUUCAGCAAGUAUCUGAUGCAUAGUCUCUCUUAUACAUCCAUAAAUUUCAUUUUACUAGUGCGGGAGAUACUCUAAACAUCGAUUAGACAUUUUGAACGAUUAUCCUUGCGAUCCUUGCAAUUAACAGGAGUAGUAUUUCUAUUCUUCGAGUAUAGUCUAUAGCAAUUAUGGACAUUAAAGUUAGCUUUCUUCGAGUCUAUCAAGUACAGAUUUUAAGCUGGAAAGUCCAGCAGCUUAAUUGUCUUGGACAGUAUCUUCGUUCUUUUUAUUUUGAUGUUCUUCCAUGCGUUGUUUAGUGUGUGGUUUCCGCAAUUUAGAGCCAGCAGUAAAACGUCCACGCCCGAACCAAUAGGGGUGUACACGUGCAUCUGCUUGUACAUGAUAAUAGGAGGACUUUGGAACUGAAUCAAUAUAAUACCCUAAAAUUGCUUCGUUCCUUUCAAAUGGAGAAUUACGUACGCGCAAUAUUAUUUUGAUAUGUUCUUUUUUUAAUAGAUUUUUAAACAUUGCACCCAUGCGUUUGUGCUUCCGCCUUGCCAAUAAUACAAUAUUAAUCUCAUUACUUUAUUUUUAUAUUUAAAGAAAGCCGCUAGAGAGAAGAAAAUGAAGUUUGAGAGGGAGAAAGAGAGAGAGAGAGAGAGAGAGAGAGGGAAAAAUGUUUUUAUUUUACAGAAACUCAAUGGAACCGCUAUAAAUUGAAUAAGAUCGUUGAAACGAGGUUUCUGUCCAAAAGAUAUGAUACAAAAAUAAAUUUUAUGAAUUGUAAAAAAAGAAACGAAAAGUAUCGAAUUACGUUGACAAAAUGUAUGGAAAAUGAUUAGAUCAUUGUUUCGAUGAAACUUUUCUAGAGCACGCGCCUAGAAAAUGUUUGUGAUAUUUUCCCACACUGGGAAAAAUUAUAAAUGUUCUUUAUAGGAAUAUAUUUCAGACUUUACGGAUAUUACGUGUUCCGUAAGUAAAGAAAAGAAAAGAAUAGAAAAGACGAAGAAGAAAACACCUUUCUGUGAAAUGCAGUUUUGCCUUACCUUUAAAUGUACCUACGCUUUAACCCGGUGAUAGAUUUUAGAUGUACCCCGAUGACUUAUAUUCAAACUGAAGACAAACUGUAAUUGCGUCUAUGCAUCGAUUAAGCUAUGAUAAAGUAUUUUAGUCCGAUUAAUCAAUUUCUGCCGAGGUGGUUGUCCCUUAAAAUUUGGUGCUCCGUGGACACCGUUAAGUGCACUUUACAAUGAAAAAAUGGCCUAGAGUAAGAGAUAGUAGACGGCAGCGAAAGAGUUCGAUAAUAAUAAGAAAUGCGUUAUACGAAGAAUAUUGAUCGCGGAUUAUUUAAAGAGGUAAUAUAAAGAAUAAAUGAUGGCAGGAACAUUAUUUGAGCACGCGAGCAACGUUCGUCGGUCGUGCGACAAUUUUAAUCGGCCUGGUUUGGUACAAAAUGCAUAUGCUGAUUUGUAAAAAGUUAUUGUGAAAAGGAAAAAAUACGAAGGGGGGAUAAAAAAAAGUAAUGGAAACUUGUUCUGGUCACGAGAAAUUGCCAUUUUCUUUAGGUACUUUGAAUCUUCUUUCUUUCUUUCUUUCUUUUCUAAUAUUACGAUUACCAAUAAUUAAGUAACUAUUAUUGGAAAAUGAAUAUUGUUAAUAUAAUGAUAAUUAAUUUUAAUCUGUAUAAAAGCAAAAGGUAAUAAUGACAUAUAAGAAAAAAGGUAAUUUACUUGAAAAUAUAAUAGCAAUGUUAGAUAUUUUAUUGAUAUUUAUUACUUAUGAGUGACGGUUCUAGGGUUGACGAGAGAAAAAUACUAAUUAAAUUAAAUACAAAAAAUGAUUUAGAACAUGGUGCACACGAUGGUCUAAUAUUGUUGAGACGAAUUAACGAACGUCGGCUUUUGCCUUUUUUAAAGCGAGGAAGAAAAAAACUGAGAGCAUCCCCUUUCUGCUCGAUGAACGCAUUAUAUUCUCAUCAUUGUUAUAUCACCACCAGUUUAAUGGGGAUUAUGAAAUAUAUGAUGUAUUUGAUGUAUAUACUUUAUACUCCCAUCGCAGAUUAAUAUCCGUGGUGAUUGUAACAAUAGUCUGAACUGAGUGUAUUUACAUGUGUCCGUAAGCGAAUUAGGUAUACCGUUUCGUCAUUAUUUUUUUAUUUAUACGAAGAACACAACAAGCACGUGAAAAUGUUCUAUGCUCUGGAAAGGAUACGUGUCAGUUUUUUCAGCUGUAUAGAAACCACGCAUACGUUUUUAAUCUACACUUUCGCCCGAGAAAUUUCAAAAGUAAGUCUGUCGAACGCUUUUUAAAAACGUACUCCGUAUCUUUUUCGAAUACGAUCCCCUAACUCGCGGAGCCUAUACGAGCUCCUUAGUAUUACGCAUUCAGCCUUCAUUAUUAUCAUUAUUAUUAUUAUUACAAUUAAUUAUAAUCUAUACGAGAAGAUAGCAUAAUACAUCACCACUCAUACUUGUGCACCGUUUGUUUACUACACCCAUCUGCGCACCAUCCUUUUUUUCUUAGACAGGGGGAGAGGGAGAGAGAGAGAGAGAGAGAAAAGAAAAAAAAACCCGAAAAAACGUGAUUCGUGUGUGAGAAAGAGCAAAAAAAUAAUAAUUAUCGACGUUAGAGAAAUAUACAAGUGUAACGACUUCAAACUUCGAUCAUGUAUAUGUAUACCUCGAGAUAAAUUUGUUUUAGAUAAUGGAAGUGUUUAGACAUCUAACUAGUUUGGUGUGAUAAAUGAAAUGAGUGGUUAUAAGUUAUUCCACGGAACUGUACGGUGCUCGUUAUUACUUCGUAUUACGAUUUCAGAGCAUCGCAGCGUUGCGUCCUCUUUUAUCCCAAGAGCUUCAUGUCUUCAAGGUUCUUUCGGUUCUCCGUUUCAUUCGUAAUAAACGAUUUUAAGGAAUUAAGAAUUUCAAACAAUGUAAAACGCUUUUUAACAAAGAAAUGGAACACGUACACACAUACAUGUAUAAAAACAAAAGGAACACUCCUAUUCUAAUGUUUAAAGGAAACGUAGAAUUUUGAAUAUUGUACUUAUUUAAAUAUGGAGGGGAAAAAAAAAAUAAUAAUACUAUUGAUAAAUUUAAUGAAGAAAAAAAUGGUAUGAAAAGAAAAUUGAAAAAAUUGUCUGUGAUUAUCAGUCAUAAUAAUCUUUAGGUCGACAUAUUUUUUAGAGAAUAUUUUUUAGCAAAUUACAAAAUUUAUGAUAUACUCCUAUUAUUGAUAUGAUAUUGGAUCGGACACGCUACGCAUAAUAUUUAAAAAUGAGAAAAGACGAAAAAAAAGAACAUGAGAAACAAAGAAUAAAAAUUUGAAACUGUAAAAGUUGCAAACUGUUUAAUAGAAUUAUACAUAGUUGAGAUCGAUGGCUGUUGUAAAAUAUUCUGUGUUUGGACAAAUAAUUAUUGAAACUAUUUAUAAUAACUACUAACGAGGUACGAUUAUAUAUUAUUAUAUCGCAUACCGUAUAGUAGCGUUUUUAUCUAUUUUGCGUUCGCAUAAUUCAUCCAAAUAGAUUAAAAUGAGAAAACGAAAGAGAGGGAGAGAGUGUGAGAGAGAAUCGACGAUGAACUCGUACCGAGAGUUGCGCACGGUGUACAGGACGGGGAAAAAAACUCAGAAGAAAAUCAUAUGACGAAUGUAAAAAAAAGAAAAAAAAAAAUAAAACCGAAGAGACGCUGCGGGCAAAUGGGACGUACAUACUGUACGUGUUCAGCGUGUAAAGUGUCGUUAUAAAUCUAUCUACUUAUUGUAGGAAACUUAUGAAGUAAUUGUAAUAAUUACAUUAACCAGAUGAUAUGCGUACCGCAUAGAAGACACAUAACCGCUUUCAUUUCACACACCACAACACACCUACACACCGACAUCGGUCUACGUACAUACAUACAUAAUAAUACAGAAAGAGUAGGCACACUAUAUACACACAAACACACAUACACAACCGUACGCUCAUGUUUUGUAUUUAAAUGUUUUGUUAGUAUUAUAUGAGAAAUUAACAAAAUAAAAACACAAAUGGAAAUAUCA